AUGGCGGGGUCGGGGCGAAGCCAGCAGGGAGAGUUGACAGAGUACAAGAAGAGUCUGAUCAAGAGCGACCUGGAGAUGGGCAUCGUUAUGACAGUGUUCCGCCAGAAGGCAGAGAGCCUCACUGUGCAUGUCAUCAUGGAGACCAGGCAGGUGGCCUGGACUCGAACAGCAGACAAGACCGAUGGUGUCUGUAAGUAACCUUUACCCUAAGUCUAACUGUAAUCCUAACCCUACGACAUGGUGAGCAGUGAAAAGGGAGGGACUGUGUUUGUAGGGACAGUGAGUACAUUGAGAUGUGGUGUGUGGAGUUAUAGGGAUGUGUGUGAGGGAGAUUGUAUGUGAGAGAGUGAGUAAAAAUGAUGAGUACUAUUUCAGUGGACCUGUUUGCGAUACGGGAGAUUUGCCCAGGGAGGAACUCAAAGGACUUUGAGAGGUUCAGAGAUGGCAAGGACAAACAUGAUGAUAAUACCUGCUUCACCAUCUUAUAUGGGUCACAAUUUGUGCUUAAUACCCUAAGCCUUGGGGGUAAGUGUGUGUAAGUGUGCCAAGAAUGUCAGAUUUUCUGUGUUUAUUUGAUGCCACACAACAGCAUUUUGUUGAUGAUAGCCUAUUGAUUGUAUGUGGAUGGUUUGCCAUAGGUAUGCUAUAGUAUAUUGGAUAAUCAAGCCUGUAACAGUAAUAGUUUGUGUUGAUUGACAGCUGACACUGUGGAUGACGCAGAGAAAUGGCGGACAGGCUUGGAGUUACUGAGACAGGAGACACUGGUGGCGCCCACACCAGACAUCAUAGAGAGGUGAAUACACACGUACGUACGCACACACACAGACACACACACACACACACAGACAGACACACAAACAAGCACACACAUACACCGAUAUACUGGACACACCCAUUAUAUGGACGACAGCUGACAAUUAUUGACUAUAUCGUUUUGUUGUUUCCAGCUGGUUGAGGAAACAGAUGUAUUCCAUCAAUCAGACUAAAAAGAACAGGUAAGAAUAGUUUUAACCCUCAAACAUAGAUUAAACCUCUACUCAGUCAUCAUCAUACGAAUUUAUGUGCCAAUCCCCAUUCUGCCCCUUUACUAAUUUCCCCAAUUCAUUCCAUUGUUCUCUCCAUUUGUUGUCCUUAGUAUCACCUUGAAGAAGGUUAAGUCUCUUUUGACACAGCUCAACUACAAGGUUCCCGGCACACGUUCCCUAAAGGAAAAGUUCUCAGUACUCUUCCCCUCUUCAUUCCCCUUCACACUCUCAUCCUCACUGCUGCCAAAGCUUUAAUGAGAUGUCUGUCAGUACUGAUGGCGUGUUAUACUAUAGCAGAGCCAGAGGUUACAAAACAUUUACAUUUUAUAUAUAUAUUUUUUUAUAACCUCAUCCUCAACAGAAUGCAGGAGAACAGGGAGAACCAAGGAUAUCAAGUUUCCUUUGGCCAGAUAAGGCCUUGGACAGUAGAAUUCAUUAUAUUAAUUAGUUAUUUUAGAUGAUAAUGAUGGUCUUGGCACUCAAGUGAUCAAGUGAUCUGGAUGGUGCCAGGUUUCCUCCAGACGUGACACUUGGCAUUCAGGCCAAAGAGUUCAAUCUUGGUUUCAUCAGACCAGAGAAUCUUGUUUCUCAUGGUCUAAGAGUCCUUUGGGUGCCUUUUGGCAAACUCCAAGCGGACUGUCAUGUGCCUUUUAAUGAGGAGUGGCUUCCGUAUGGCCACUCUACCAUAAAGGCCUGAUUGGUGGAGUGCUGCAGAGAUGGUUGUCCUUCUGGAAGGUUCUCCCAUCUCCAUAGAGGAACUCUGGAGCUUUGUCAGAGUGACCAUCAGGUUCUUGGUCACCUCCCUGACCAAAGCCCUUCUCCCCCGAAUCUUGGUGUUUCCAAAUUUCUUCCAUUUAAGAAUGAUGGAGGCCAUUGUGUUCUUGGGGACCUCCAAUGCUGCAGAAUUCUUUGGUUACCCUUCCCCAGAUCUGUGCCUCGACACAAUCCUGUCUCGGAGCACUACAGACAAUUCCUUCGACCUCGUGGCUUGGUUUUUGCUCUGACAUGCACUGUCAACCGUGGGACCUUAUAUAGAUACAGUUGAAGUCGGAAGUUUACAUACAACUUAGCCAAAUACAUUUAAACUCAGUUUUUCACUGAGGUCAGUUAGGCUCACCACUUUCGUUUAAGAAUGUGAAAUGUCAGAAUAACAGUAGAAAGAAUGAUUUAUUUAAGCUUUUAUUUCUUUCAUCACAUUCCCAGUGGGUCAGAAGUUUAUAUACACUCAAUUAGUAUUUGGUAGCAUUGCCUUUAAAUUGUUUAACUUUUGUCAAACGUUUCGGGUAGCCUUCCACAAGCUUCCCACAAUAAGUUGGGUGAAUUUUGGCCCAUUCGUCCUGACAGAGAUGGUGUAACUGAGUCAGGUUUGUAGGCCUCCUUGCUCGCACACGCUUUUUCAGUUCUGCCCACACAUUUUCUAUAGGAUUGAGGUCAGGGCUUUGUAAUGGCCACUCCAAUACCUUGACUUUGUUGUCCAAUACCAUUUUGCCACAACUUUGGAAGUAUGCUUGGGGUCAUUGUCCAUUUGGAAGACCCAUUUGCGACCAAGCUUUAACUUCCUGACUGAUGUCUUGAGAUGUUGCUUCAAUAUAUCCACAUCAUUUUCCUUCCUCAUGAUGCCAUCUAUUUUGUGAAGUGCACCAGUCCCUCCUGCAGCAAAGCACCCCCACAGCAUGAUGCUUCCACCCCCGUGCUUCACGGUCGGGAUGGUGUUCUUCGGCUUGCAAGCUGCCGCCUUUUUCCUCCAACAAAACGAUGGACAUUAUGGCCAAACAGUUAUAUUUUUGUGUCAUCAAACCAAAGGAAAUUUCUCCAAAAAGUAGGAUCUUUGUCCCCAUGUGCAGUUGCAAACCGUAGUCUGGCUUUUUUAUGGCGGUUUUGGAGCAGUGGCUUCUUCCUUGCUGAGCGGCCUUUCAGUUUAUGUCGAUAUAGGACUCGUUCUACUGUGGAUAUAGAUACUUUUGUACCUGUUUCCUCCAGCAUCUUCACAAGGUCUUUUGCUGUUGUUCUGGGAUUGAUUUGCACUUUUCGCACCAAAGUACGUUCAUCUCUAUGAGACAGAACGUGUCUCCUUCCUGAGCGGUAUGACGGCUGCGUGGUCCCAUGGUGUUUAUACUUGCGUACUAUUGUUUGUACAGAUGAAUGUGGUACCUUCAGGCAUUUGGAAAUUGCUCCCAAGGAUGAACCAGACUUGUGGAGGUCUACAAUUUUCUUUCUGAGGUCUUGGCUGAUUUCUUUUGAUUUUCCCAUGAUGUCAAACAAAGAGGCACUGAGUUUGAAGGUAAGCCUUGAAAUACAUCCACAUGUACACUUCCAAUUGACUCAAAUGAUGUCAAUUAGCCUAUCAGAAGCUUCUAAAGCCAUGACAUCAUUUUCUGGAAUUUUCCAAGCUGUUUAAAGGCACAGUCAACUUAGUGUAUGUAAACUUCUGACCCACUGGAAUUGUGAUACAGUGAAUUAUAAGUGAAAUCAUCUGUCUGUAAACAAUUGUUGGAAAAAUGAAUUGUGUCAUGCACAAAGCAGAUGUCCUAACCGACUUGCCAAAACUAUAGUUUGUUAACAAGAAAUUUGUGGAGUGGUUGAAAAAUGAGUUUUAAUAACUCCAACCUAAGUGUAUGUAAACUUCCGACUUCAACUGUAGGUGUGUGCCUUUCCAAAUCAUGUCCAAUCAAUUGAAUUUAUCAAGUUGUAGAAACAUCUCAAGUAUGAUCAGUGAAAACAGGAUGCACCUGAGCUCAAUUUCGAGUCUCAUAGCAAAGGGUCUGAAUACUUAUGUAAAUGAGGAAUUUCUGUUUUUUAUUUUUUAUAAAUGUGCAAACAUUUCAAAAAACUUGUUUUUCGCUUUGUCAUUAUGGGGUAUUGUGUGUAGAUUGAUGAGUAAAAAAAAAUAUUUAAUUAAUUUUAGAAUAAGGCUGUAACAUAACAAAAUGUGGAAAAAGGGAUGGGGUCUGAAUACUUUCCAAAUGCACUGUAUGUAUAAAACAAAAACAAACAAUGUCCAUCUCCCUCUUUUGUUCCAGGAAAUUGGAUCAAGGAAAGAUGUCCUGGACUUUGAGCAGUUUCAUAAAUUCUACAAUAUUCUAAUGUUUGAUCAGAAAGAUGUGAGUCAGAAUUUUCCUGUACCUCUGCACUCUCUAAGUACAAAAUGCUGAACAUAUACUACGUUUCACCACAAAUUACCGACAAUUUUACUCCUCUUACAGCUUAUGUUAGCUAGGAUAUCACAUUUUGCAUGUUUAAUAAUAUGAUGAGACAGAUUCGUGCUGUCAUCCUGGCUGUGUGUGUGACUGUGUAUUGACUUGUGACUUGUGUGUAUAUGUUUCAUCAGAUUCCAGAGGGGUUUAAAAGGGAGUCGUGUGCUUUCAUCAUGGGUAUGUAGUUCUACAAUCACAAUUAAUCCUUUUCUCAGCUUAUACCGGUAAGCUUUUCUUGUUGAUGGUAUGUUGGUGUGUUGUGGUUCUUCCCUACUGUAGAAGUACAGAUAAACCUGAUGCCUCUGCAGUUCUUCUCCAUGAUUUCCAACGGUUUCUUCUGUACCAGCAGAAAGUAAGAAUCAAGCUACAGUGAGGGAAAAAAGUAUUUGAUCCCCUGCUGAUUUUGUACGUUUGCCCACUGACAAAGAAAUGAUCAGUCUAUAAUGUUAAUGGUAGGUUUAUUUGAACAGUGAAAGACAGAAUAACAACAAAAAAAUCCAGAAAAAGCGCAUGUCAAAAAUGUUAUAAAUUGAUUUGCAUUUUAAUGAGGGAAAUAAGUAUUUGACCCCCUCUCAAUCAGAAAGAUUUCUGGCUCCCAGGUGUCUUUUAUACAGGUAACGAGCUGAGAUUAGGAGCACACUCUUAAAGGGAGUGCUCCUAAUCUCAGCUUGUUACCUGUAUAAAAUACACCUGUCCACAGAAGCAAUCAGAUUCCAAACUCUCCACCAUGGCCAAGACCAAAGAGCUCUCCAAGGAUGUCAGGGACAAGAUUGUAGACCUACACAAGGCUGGAAUGGGCUACAAGACCAUCGCCAAGCAGCUUGGUGAGAAGGUGACAACAGUUGGUGCGAUUAUUCGCAAAUGGAAGAUACACAAAAUAACUGUCAAUCUCCCUCGGCCUGGGGCUCCAUGCAAGAUCUCACCUCGUGGAGUCGCAAUGAUAAUGAGAACGGUGAGGAAUCAGCCCAGAACUACACGGGAGGAUCUUGUCAAUGAUCUCAAGGCAGCUGGGACCAUAGUCACCAAGAAAACAAUUGGUAACACACUACGCCAUGAAGGACUGAAAUCCUGCAGCGCCCGCAAUGUCCCCCUGCUCAAGAAAGCACAUAUACAGGCCCGUCUGAAGUUUGCCAAUGAACAUCUGAAUGAUUCAGAGGAGAACUGGGAGAAAGUGUUGUGGUCAGAUGAGACCAAAAUUGAGCUCAUUGGCAUCAACUCAACUCGCCGUGUUUGGAGGAGGAGGAAUGCUGCCUAUGACCCCAAGAACACCAUUCCCACCGUCAAACAUGGUGGAAACAUUAUGCUUUGGGGGUGUUUUUCUGCUAAUGGGACAGGACAACUUCACCGUAUCAAAAGGGCGAUGGACGGGGCCAUGUACCGUCAAAUAUUGGGUGAGAACGUCCUUCCCUCAGCCAGGGCAUUGAAAAUGGGUUGUGGAUGGGUAUUCCAGCAUGACAAUGACCCAAAACACACGGCCAAGGCAACAAAGGAGUGGCUCAAGAAGAAGCACAUUAAGGUCCUGGAGUGGCCUAGCCAGUCUCCAGACCUUAAUCCCAUAGAAAAUCUGUGGAGGGAGCUGAAGGUUCGAGUUGCCAAACAUCAGCCUCGAAACCUUAAUGACUUGGAGAAGAUCUGCAAAGAGGAGUGGGACAAAAUCCCUCCUGAGAUGUGUGCAAACCUGGUGGCCAACUACAAGAAACGUCUGACCUCUGUGAUUGCCAACAAGGGUUUUGCCACCAAGUACUAAGUCAUGUUUUGCAGAGGAGUCAAAUACUUAAUUCCCUCAUUAAAAUGCAAAUCAAUUUAUAACAUUUUUGACAUGUGUUUUCUGGAUUUUUUUGUUGUUAUUCUGUCUCUCACUGUUCAAAUAAACCUACCAUUAAAAUUAUAAACUGAUAAUUUCUUUGUCAGUGGGCAAACGUACAAAAUCAGCAGGGGAUCAAAUACUUUUUUCCCUCACUGUAUCUAUCAAUUAUCAAAUUGGUAAAACGGUAUUUUUCAGUCAGUGUUUAAUCUACUUUUUACAAUUCUCUAUAUUGUACUUUUUUCUCUCUCUUUUCCUCACUCUCUCUAUUUCUCUCUCUCAGGAGUCGUGGGCCAAUGACCUGAACCAGGUCAGAGAGCUGAUGACCACCUUUAUAGACGACACCAUGAGGAAGACCAACGAUCCAGAGUUCACUAUCAGCGAGGUGGGACACAGUGUGUGAUUUGUCUGUGUAUGGGGAGUGGAGAACGGUGUGUUAUGUUUGUCACAGUGCUCUCUCUCUCUUCUCUCACUCUAGUUCCUCAGUUUCCUCUUCUCGAAGGAGAACUCAAUUUGGGAUGAGAAAUACUCAGAGAUGUGCAACUUGGAUAUGAACAACCCACUGUCCCACUAUUGGAUCAACUCCUCACACAACACGUCAGUACCGCCAAAUAACACAGAAAUACAAUACAACACAACACUAUGAAAUAGACUACUUAACUUUUUUUUAUCAAUGUUUCACACCAAGUGUUAGUACAGUUGUCAGCACUGUAAAGAAUUUCAGCAAUACUGUAAAACGAUGUAAUAAUAUAGGCUGUGACUGAUAUUAUAAUAAACACACAAAUUAAGUUCAUGAUUUGCUUGCAUUUUGUAUUUCUUGUUAUGAUGUGUUUCCUUCAGGUACUUGACUGGAGACCAGCUGCAGAGCGAGUCAUCCACUGAGGCCUUUGUACGCUGCCUGCGUCUGGGAUUCCGCUGUGUUGAGUGUUAGUAGUAAACCUUAAACCUCAUAAAAUGUCCCUCACAUAUUUCAAUUUGGCUCUACUAUGCAGAGGAAGAGGACGAGGAGCCCAGGAAGGUAAACAAGGGAGAAUAUUAAACCCUUCUAAUCGUAGUAAACCAGUGAUCAUUGUCAAUGUAUUUAAUUAUUACAUUACUCUUUUUUUAUUAUACUCCUCUCCCUCCCGUCUGCCUACUUUUCUUCCAAACCCCUCCCUCCCCCCCUCUCCCUCCCUUCCCUGCUGUAGUCCCCAGAGCUCCACACGUCGGAGGCCUGGUUCCAUGGGAGGAGGAGUGAGGGGAGGCAGACAGCAGAGAGGCUGCUGCAGGAGUUCUGUGCUGAGUCGGGAGGCAGGGAUGGCACCUUCCUGGUCAGAGAAAGCGACACCUUUGUGACUGACUUCACUCUCUUCUUCUGGUCCGCCAGCUUGGCUGCAGCUCUACUGACAUGACUUCAGUAUGUGUGUACUGUGUGUAAUACUCUGCCGUGCUGAUGUCUGUUUUCAGUGUGUUAUACUGUAGGCGCAGUGGGAGGGUUCAGCACUGUCGUGUCCGCUCUGGCUCAGAGGGAGCACACACCUUCUACUUCCUGACUGAUAACCUGCACUUCCCGAGUGUGUACUCACUGAUCCAGCACUAUCAUGAAAUGCCCCUCCACUGCCACGACUUUGACCUGCGCCUCACUGAGGCUGUGCCUCGGCCCAACCCAUUCCUACUGGAAGGGUGAGUUACACAGGGUCAUCUGACAUAGAGUAUGUGUGAAUUUAAACAUGCACACACUUACACAUAGAUUCUCUCUGUGUGUUGUGGUGGUCAGGUGGUUCUAUAGUAACCUGAGCAGAGGGGAGGCAGAGGACUAUCUGUCGAGAAUCCCCCGGGACGGAGCCUUCCUCAUCAGACAGAGAGAGGAGGGCGACUCCUACGCCAUCACCUUCAGAGGUGAUGGAAGGUCAAACUGUCGUAUUCAGAAGGAUGGCUCUAUGUGCGUGCUGGGAACCACCACUGAGUUCCAGAGCCUGAUGGAGCUGGUCAACUACUUCCGUAAGAAGCCUCUGUAUCGCAAGAUCAAACUACGCUACCCUGUCACACCGGAACUGGUCAGCCGCUUCAGCACGGUGAGAGAGAGGGACGGGGAGAGAUCGGGGGCAGCGAGAAACAAAGGGAAAGGAGGAAGAUUGGGAGAGAUCUACAGUACCAGUCAAAAGUUUGGACACACCUACUCACUUUUACUAUUUUUUACAUCGUAGAAGAAUAGUGAAGACAUCAAAACUAUGAAAUAACACAUAUGGAAUAAUAAAUAAUAAUAAAAUGCCAUUUAGCAGACGCUUUUAUCCAAAGCGACUUACAGUCAUUCGUGCAUACAUUUUUUUUGUUGUAUGAGUGGUCCCUGGGAUCGAACCCACUACCUUGGCGUUACAAGCGCCACGCUCUACCAGCUGAGCUACAGAGGACCACAUGUAGUAACCAAAAAAGUGUUAAACAAAUCAAAAUAUGUUUUAUAUUGGAGAUUCUUCAAAUAGCCACCCUUUGCCUUGAUGACAGCUUUUCACACUCUUGGCAUUCUCUCAACCAGCUUCACCUGGAAUGCUUUCCCAACAGUCUUGAUGGAGUUCCCACAUAUGCUGAGCACUUGUUGGCUGCUUUUCCUUCACUCUGCCGUCCGACUCAUCCCAAACCAUCUCAAUUGGUUUGAGGUCAAGGGAUUGUGGAGGCCAGGUCAUCUGAUGCAGCAAUCCAUCACUCUCCUUCUUGGUCAAAUAGCCCUUACACAGCCUGGAGAUGUGUUGGGUUAACAGAUAGUCCUGUUGAAAAACAAAUGAUAGUCCCACUAAGCCCAAACCAGAUGGGAUGGCGUAUCGCUGCAGAAUGCUGAGGUAGCCAUGCUGGUUAAGUGUGCCUUGAAUUCUAAAUAAAUCACAGACAGUGUCACCAGCAAAGCACCCCCACACCAUAACACCUCCUCCUGCAUGCUUUACGGUGGGAACUACACAUGCGGAGAUCAUCCGUUCACCCACACCUUGUCACAACAGAACUGAUUGGCUCAAACGCAUUAAGAAGGAAAGAAAUUCCACAAAUUAACUUUUAAGAAGGCACACCUGUUAAUUGAAAUGCAUUCAAGGUGACUACCUCAUGAAGCUGGUUGAGAGAAUGCCAAGAGUGUGCAAAGCUGUCAUCAAGGUAAUGGGUGGCUAUUUAUAAAGUAUAUUUUGAUUUGUUGAACACUUUCUUGGUUACUACACUACCGGUCAAAUGUUUUAGAACACUUACUCAUUCAAGGAUUUUUCUUUAUUUUUUAAAUCUAUUUUCUACAUUGUAGAGUAAUAGUGAAGACAUCAAAACUAUGAAAUAACACAUACGGUUGGGCACCGAUCCAUCAUGAUAGGACAAAUAUAAAUAAACUAUAUAUUUGUAUUUCAUUUUUUUAUGUACAUCCAAUGUCUGCGUAAAAAUGGAGACUCUCGCUCUGUCACUACUCCUGCUCGCAGACACACAUGGGUUCUGAUAUUUGCAAACACUUUCUUUGCUCACUCACUUUCAACUCUUCACACUUUCCCAACACGCUAUCUUUCAACACACCCACACUCUAACAUAUACUCAGUCACAUACCCCACAUACUGUACCUCCUAUGUCACUUUAACCCUACCUACAUGUACAUAUUACCUCAAUUACCUCGACUAACCUGUGCCCCCGCACAUUGACUCUGUACAGGUACCCCCUGUAUAUAGCCUCGCUACUGUUAUUUUACUGCUGCUCUUUAAUUAUUUUCUUAUUUAAUUUUUUAGUUAUCUAUUUUUUAUUUAACACUUAUUUUUCUUAAAACUGCAUUGUUGGUUAAGGGCUUGUAAGUAAGCAUUUCUCUGUAAGAUCUACACCUGUUGUAUUCGGCACGUGACAAAUACAAUUUUAUUUUAUUUUAUUUGAUGUCCUCUGUUUUUUUGUUUCUAUUUCCACCUUAUUUAUUCCUACCUAAUUUCAGGCUUUUGAGCACUUUUGUGUUCCAGUUCCUUGUAUUUGGGGAUUUAUUAUUUAAUGAAUUGUCCCUUCCUCUAAUGCUGUUUUAAAAAAUCUAUUUAUACAUACUAUAAUAAAAAUCCAAUAAAUCCGAAUGAUUUUAUAACAUUCCUGAACUUCAGUAGUAUAGCAUAUUGGUAGGUUAUUUCUUUAUCAAUUGUAUUAUAUUAUUUUCAAAACAAUGUGUACAGUUAUUUGACAGUCAUACGCAGUUAAAUGCAUAACAGUUUGAUAAGCUACUGAACUGAAGGAGAGGGCACAUCAAUUCAGUCACAACAGAUAAGAGGUAUUUUUGGAAUAAAACAAUGAUUAAAAAACAUUAGUGAACAGGUGAUUUGUAACGUUUGAAUCAGUUUACUGACCGAUGCAUGCUUAAUUUGGAUCGGCUUGGGCUCCCAUGGACUGAUGCAUUUGUAUCUUAAACAUUUGAACCGGGGACCGAUGCAUAUCGGUGAAUCAUUACAUCCCUAGUGCUAAAGAAUAACAAUAAUAAGAAGAAGUAUGUUGAAGAUUUAUAGUGGGGACACUUGCUUCACAAGCUCCAUUAAUAACUAACUGUAAAUCAGAAGUAUGUUGAAGAUUUAAAGUGGGGACUCUUGCUUCACAAGCCACAUUAAUGAUGGAAUUUCUCAUGGAAGAAUGGUGUCGCAUCUCUCCAAUAGAGUUCCAGACACUUGUAGAAUCUAUGCCAAGGUGCAUUGAAGCUGUUCUGACCCGUGGUGGCCCAAUGCACUAUUAAGACACUUUAUGUUGGUGUUUCCUUUAUUUUGGCAGUUACCUGUAUCUUGUGUGGCAAGAGUGCAUCCAUUUCUGUCUGUGUGUUAACAUUACCAGUAUACAUUUAGAAAUCUACAGUGUACACAUUUGUCUCACAGGUCAUGGAGGACAAUCCUUUGGGGAAUAUGUGUAAAGGAGUUGUUGACAUUUCCAAGUGUAACGUUCGUGAGUGCAGUAUUUCUAUUACAUCCAUUUUACAUGCUGUCCAAACACACUACAGAUUGCGCGAACGAAAUGUAAAGGUAAUUUCCGAUUGCGCCGACAUAUGCAGCGUUUACCGUCUCUGUGACUGCCUUUAAUUGUAAAUCGUGCUAUAAAGCAGGUCUUCAGCGCUACGGAUUGAAUAGAGCCCAUAAUCUAUAUAUCAAACAUGCUGUCUUCACAUGAUAAACACACUACAUAGCAAAGCCCCCAGUCCUUCCACCCAGCACAUGCUCAUCACACUGACUGCCCAUACCACAUAUCAACAGGACACACAACUGCACAAGUCCAAAGGGAUCGUCCAAAGGGACCUCCACACCAUACACUGGCUAAAUAUACAAUUUACUGUACAUCACGUAGACACAGUCCAAUCCUGUACCCAAACACAACACUCUAUUCUAUAUACAGUACAUUGCACAUAGUAAAUAUUGAACUCUCUCUUCCCUAUGUUUCCUCCAUCCCUUUCUCUUCUCAGUGAGAUCGGGAAAGAAUGGGGAGUCCCAUGUCAUGACACUUCAGAUGAGUGAUUACGACAGUAAGAUACAGUUUGACUUUGCGGCAAAGUCACUGGAAGACUUGUUUGAGUGGUACCAGGUGGCCUGGGACAUCACCCAGAGAGAGAUCACCAAGCAGCACAACAAGCAGUUAGAGGCCAGUAUCAUAAUAUAAUUCCAUAUAACCUAUCUAUAAGUAAGAGGCUAUGAAAUAAUUAUAUCUUCCAUUCCAAAGCUGCACAGCCCAGCGUCUUCAGUGAUGUCAUGCUGACAGGAAGCUGCUGUGUGUUUUCUGUCCUCCAGAUCAAGCAGCAGGAGGAGGUGGAGAAGAGUGAAGAGGUCGCUAUGGAGAUGUCUGACCUGGUGGUGUACUGCCAGCCUCGCAGCAAGGAGAAGGACCACUUUGGUAGCCCUACCACCCUCACCACCCACCCACCUGAGGCAUUCAUCCUAUCACAUCAGUGGCGGUUGUUGCCAUUCACGAUUAGGGAGGACAAUUUAUUUUUAUGAGUAUGGCCUUACUUCUAUUUCAGCAUAUUGGAUGACUGCCAUUCAUAUUCCAUUCACCCAGCUCAAUGGAACAUAGUAGUGUAACGACCCGGUAUUGUGUUCUGUGUUCGUGGGUGUGUUAUCGUUCUCAUGGGUGCUAGCAGGGGUUAAAUAUGCCAGGACAGAUGGAAAGGGUGAGGGGGUAUGAUGGGUAAUCCCGCGGGGUUUUGGAAUGCUUAAAUAGGGGUUACGGUCUCAUCUCUCUCUCUUCUGUUUUGGGACCCUUGACUUGACAUGUUAUAUUUGUGUAUGUUCGAGGUUUAGCGGCGUGGGCUGUGGCCUGAACAAUAGCCCAUUCAGGAAUAAACCUGUGUUCUGCCUGUACACCUGGUGCCCGUCUCUCUUUUACUUUAUGACCCAGCUGGGUCAUUACAGUAGUUUCUAUUGGAAAGAUUCAGGUAGGUCCAUCCACAUUUCGUUCUGUUUGCUUCCAUUUAAGAAACGUUUUGCAACAGAAUCGGCGGAAUGAAUACACCCCAGCAUCAUCACUUUGCUUGUUGUAUAAUUCCUUCUUGCAUCCUCCUCCUCUCACCUUUUCCCUUUGCUUGUGGACUUCAGCACAACACAACAGCUGUCUGUGACUAGGCGCAAAAACCUCUCCAAGCCAAACCUUCAUACCAUAACCGCUAACAGCUACACAGCCUACAUUGUUGCCACCAUAUUAACGUUCUAGUCAACAAACUAGAACUAACUCGUUACUAAACCCACAAUCCAAUCCAUGUGUACAAUCACGCAGUACAGUGUACAGCAAACAGUUUAGAAGUUACACCGGCUGGCCCCGGUGGCAAUAAAUAAAUAAAACUGAAAGUUUACCUUGACUUGGAAGAGUUGCAGUGUUGGAUAGCCUUAGCCAGCUUGCUAACAUAAAUAGCAUUCCUCUCUGUUUGAGUCAGGUUGUUGAGAAGGCUAAAUUAGCUGUAUUAGCUAAGUAAGUGAAACUAAUAUAGCAAAAUAUAGCUAGCUCUCUCUCUCUGCUGCUUCUUCUUAGUUUUUAAAUAAAUGUAUUUGUUAAAAACUGUUCAACUAUUGUCUUUCUUUCUAUUUGAGUCUACUACUCACAGCACGUUAUGCACUGCAGUGCUAGCUAGCUGUAGCUUAUGCUUUCAGUACUAAAUUCAUUCUCUGACCUUUUGAUUGGAUGGACAAUAUGUUAGUUCAUAUUAAAAGUGCUUUGAUAGGUUGGAGGACAUCCUCCGGAAGUUGUCAUAAUUACUGUGUAAGUCUAUGGAAGGGGGUGAUAACCAUGAGCCUCCUAGGUUUUGUAUUGAAGUCAAUGUACCCAGACGAGGACGGAAAAUAGCUGUCCUCUGGCUACACCAUGGUGCUACCCUAGAGGGUGCUGUUGAGGCUACUGUAGACCUUCAUUGCAAAAUAGUGUGUUUUAAUCAGUUAUUUGGUGACGUGAAUAUAUUUAGUGUAGUUUUUUCUAAAAAGGAUACUUUUUUUGAAUGUUUAACUUUUUAUUUAUCUGAAAUUCACUGAGUAGGAUGGUCCUCCCCUUCCUCUUUUGAGGAGCCACCACUGUAUGACAUGCACUGCAAUACACAUGAAAGAUUUCACAUUUGUGUUUUCAAAUGAAUAUAUAAUCUACUCUCAACUCACUCUUAUUAUUAUUACCAGAAUAAGUCACCCUCCACAACAAUCAAAUGUGGUGGACCCCAGAAAGAGUAGCAGCUGCAAAUAAAUAAACAAAUAUCCGUAUUGGUCUGAUCAAACUUAGUCUGCCCAUUCCCAACGAUGUCCCCACAGUGAACUAUUGCUACAAAGAGAUCCGCUCCUUUGUGGAGAACAAGACCCGGGCCAAGAACAGAACUCCAGACUUCCUGAGGUUUAACCGCAAGGCCUUGAGCCGCAUCUACCCCAAGGGCCAACGUGUGGACUCAUCCAAAACGACCCUUACCUUCUGUGGGCCUGCGGCUGCCACAUGGUGGCGCUCAACUUCCAGACUGCAGGUGGGUUUGACGAGCAUGUGUUAAAGAUGGAGGGGGAAUGAGAUACUAGUAUUCUGUGUAAGAUAGACCUAAACUAGAGUGAGUGCCCCCUGAAUUGGGUUCACAGAGAUGAAAAAAGUGCUUGCUUGGUGUACCAGUGAUAGUCAUGUUUGUUUGUUUUUGUCCAGAUAAAUACACUCAACAAUGCCCUCUUCAGUCUGAACAGGCUACGUGCUACAGCCAGAAAUCAUGCACUCUGACUGCUAUGAUCCACAGCUGGAGAAGAGGAAAGUCAAGUUCACCCUUAUUGUCAGAGUAAGUCUCUGCUCAUUGUCCUUAUUAGUUUUCAUAUGGUAAACAAACUGGUUACUGUUGAGCACUGAAUCUGUUGUGCUGCCCCCUGUAGGUGAUAGUUGCCAGACACCUGCCGAAGCCAGGCCGUAGCAUCGCCAGUCCUUUUGUAGAGACGGAGCUGUAUGGACACACGGAGGACAACAAGUUUAAGACCGUUGUCUAUCGUAAGGAGCGGGAGCAGGGGUUGCAGUGGAUGGAAUUAUUUUCCAGCUAAUUAAAGAAACCCAGCUUCUGUGUGUUGUUUGAAAGAGGAUUGUGUAUUUAUGUAUUUUGUUAACUGGGCUUGUAUUUGUUCAGGUGACAAUGGGCUGAACCCGGUAUGGAAAGCCCCUCCAGAGCCGGUGACUUUCCUAGUGCAUGAGCCAGAGCUCACCUUCCUGCGCUUCGUGGUGAAGGAGGAGGACAUGUUCUCAGAUCCAAACUUGCUGGCUCAGGCUACCUUCCCUGUGAAGGGCAUCCGCUCAGGUAGGACACACACACUAAUAUGCGGUACAUGAACCCUUACGCCCCUCAUUUACACACUGUUCUCUGUCUCUUAGGGUACCGUUCUGUUCCUCUGAAAAAUGGCUUCAAUGAGAGCAUAGAACUAGCUUCUUUACUAGUCUACAUCGACGUGCAGCAGGUGGAGGUGAGACACACAAACUGCAUGUUGACUGGGAACAGCCUUUGAUGUGUGUUACUGGUGGUGUUUGUGUGUCUGGAUGGUGAGCCUGUGCCUGUGUCAUUCAGAAAGCAGAGGAGGAGCUGUACUUGUCAUCUAGCCAACAGCGGCGGGGGCAGGCGGAGCUAAGCAACAAGCUUUUCCUGUACGACACCCACGCCAGCCUGCAGCGCUCCACCCCCCCACAGCUCCGAGAUGACCUCAUGAGAGUUCAGCGCCAAUGA